AUGCAAAAGUCGUCAUCAUUAUCAUCCACUGCGACAUCCAUACCAUCCCACCACUGCUCAAAUGAUGUCAAUAUACGUGAGCAUUCUCGAACAAACACAGACAGUGGCCCAAAUCCAAGGAACACACAGUCAACAGAAUGUAAUAGAUAUAUUGAGACAGAGAGUAUGAGCGUAGUCCCAUUGGAUAUAGAAAGCGGUUUGAACAAAGAUGCAGAAUUCGCAUCCACACGGAAUCGAGAAACACUCAAAAUAUGUAGAUUAUGUCACAAGAACAAUAAUUUCUCCGAGACACAACCAACACAUAGUUUAUUCUUGUCCCAUGUCGUUUCUUCCCCGUUAUCAUCAUCAACACUAAUCUCCCCAUGUAAAUGCCGCACGUCUCAUCAUUAUGUUCAUAUUGGAUGUCUAGAACAAUGGCAGAAUACACAAACUAGCUCCUGCAAUUAUACUGUUAAUAACAAUUCACAACCGGUAUCAUUUCCAUGCGAAAAGUGCGGCUUCAAAUAUGGACUAUAUCGCCCUAAAUUGGCAAAGAUUGUAUUACAUUGGACAAGCAAACAAUUUUAUACGACCAUCCUAUUAUUAUUUGCUGUUUUAUUAGCUAGCAUUAUUGCACAUUUUGUGAUUAAAUUUUUGAUUACUAAUGGAAUGCAUGAUCCAGCCAUUCUGAGCUUGAACGAACCAACGCCAGUUUUUUCCUUAUCACCUCUCGACUUUAUCGGUGGUGUUUGCAUAAUCUCCCUCAUUGGUUUUGUCUACCUCGCAUUGGAAACUAGAUACUCUUCCUCAUCUUCAGUCCUCUUUUUGUGCAUGCCUCUCACUUGCUGCGCAACGUCGGAUCAAGCAGAAGGCAUCAGAGCUAAUAAUUGUGCAAAUGGUAACGCUGGUUGUGGGAUUGUAAUAAUCACGACGGGAUUGAUACUACUCGCAUCUUUGAUUGUGUACGGAUUGUUUGGUGCUGUUUUCGGCGCUUACAUUCUUGCAAACAGAGUAGUGGAAUGGUUAAUGGAAUUGAUGAGUGGGUGGAUUGUUGAAGUUGGCAAGUGA